AUUCAUUUUGUUUAUUGUGCGUAUCUCAUCUAAAAAGUAAAUCUAAACAUGAAAAAGUUGGAAAAGCAAUAUUCUCCAAAUCAACCAAAGGCUAAUCUUCAAAGAGGAGCAUUCUCUUAUGUAACCUAGAAGUAUAAUUAGUAUUCAAAAAAAUAAAUUGAUUAGUUGCUUUAGGAUUUACAAAAAACACAUGAUUAAUCUUACUUAGAAUAAAGAAGUUAUGAGAUUCCAUUAAAUAUCCAAAAAAUAAAAAAAUUUGAAGAUAGUAUUGAAGAGUAGUAUCCAAACAAAAGCUUAAAUAUAAAUGAGUAAAUUUCAUUCAAAAGCUGCUAAGAACAUAGUAACAAUUCACCUUCUAAAAUAAAAGGAUUCUCAAACAAUCAAUUUUAAAAUGAUAAUUUUCACUCGAGACUCAUUAACAAUAAGUCUGGUAUAUCUAUUCAAAUAAAUCAAGAAGAAUAAAAUUAGUAGCUAAAUAUGCAAAACUAAAAUAUCAAUUCUUUUUAUUAAAUGUGGGAGCUUAAAUAGCAAUUUGAAGACAUGUGCUAAAACUCUUAAGAUAAGACUUUGAUCAUAAAUGACCUAGUUGAAUAAAUAAAAUCUGAGUACUCAAACUUAAAGAAUUUAUAAUAAGAUUAUUCUAACUUUAAGAUAAAGAAUGAUAUUGAAGUUAUUGGGAUAGAAAAACAGAUAGAAGUUCAAAGAAAAAAGUUAAAGAUACUGAAUUUGAGAAUUUAACAAAAAGAAGAUUUUGACAUAGAAGAAAUUGAGCUUAGAUAAAAAAUUAAUGAAGAGUUUUAACAUUUAAACGAAUAAAUAUAAUUUUUAGAAACAGAAAAUUAGUUAGAAGUAGAAUAAUUCCAAGCAGAAAUCCUUUUGGAAAAGUAAAUAUAAGCCUAAAUGAUUAAAUAAUUGGCAUAAAUAAAUAAUUAAAUUGAAGAAAAGUAAAAAAAAAAUAAUUAAGAGGAGUAGCUGCUAUUGCUUGAAACAAAAUAAUAAGAAUUAAAAGAGUUAGAGGAUCGAAAGGUUAAAGUUAUUACUGAUAUAUAAGAAGUUUAGAAUAGUUAUAAUAAAUUAGACUAAUAAUAUUAAUUGGCUAUUGAAUUAACUUAAAAUGAAUCCUAAAUAGAGUAAACAGAGUUUAAAGUCACAAUUUAGGAGCAAAAUUUGCUAAUUUAAUAAUUAAUGAGAGAUAUUAAAAUACUUUCAGAGCUUAUAACUAAUUAGAGUAAUGAUUUAGCUGAUAGUCAUUUUGCAUCUAAUUAACUUAGCCAAUAAUUAUAUAAUAAUGAAACACUAAUAGAUGAGGAUUAAAGUUUAAAAAGCACAAAUCAUAGUAGUCCUAAGAUGAAAGAUAAUGAAGUAAAAGAGCAAAUUUAUUCCUUUUAAUAAUUCUCACAAAUCAGCCAAAACAAAAUUUACUAAGCUAUAUAACAACAAAUGCAUGUUAUAGAUGAAGAAAUUUAAAAGUCAUAAAUAGUAUACGAAGAUUAACUGAAGAAAAAAGAAUCUCUAAUUCAAGAAAUAGAAAAAAUAAAGGCAUCAUCUACAUAAAGAUAAACAAAUUUCAAAUCAGAAAUCUAAUAGCUAUAAGCUACUUUGGAAAAAGAUAAAACGGAAAUGUAAAAUAACUAAUCUCAGGUAAUUCAAAAAGAAAAUGAACUGAAAGAAAUUGAUAGCUUAAUUGAUGGUAAUACUGAUAUAAUAAAUUAAUACUAAGUAAAUAUAAAAAACACAAACAUUUAAAUUGAAUAGCUAUAAUUAAAUAUAACUGAUUUAAAAGACCAAAUUAAAGAGCUUGAGGAAUAAUUCAGUAAAAAAAGUAAAAAAGGUAAAAAAAAUGAAAAAUUUACUUCUAAAAAUUCAUUUGAAAUUUAAUUUAACAAAGACUGA